GCCAAUCUUUUAGCCUUCUAUAAAUACUCUGUAUCCGCAAUCUUCUCUUACUCGCACAAAAGAAAAAACUCUUCCCUGUACAUCGCGUAAUCCAAAAUUCGAAUCCCUUAAAACAAUCCUUGUUUUUCUCACCACUGAUUCCCUUUCCCUGCCCUAUUUUUUACUUUGGUAAACAAUUUCUUGAUCAGAUAUCUCCGGUUUUAAGUCUUCCCCUUUUAAGAGUUCUCUCACCAUUGAUCACAAUAUUUUCUUAGAACUAUUGGUUUUUGGUUCGUAAAGUUUCAGUCUCUUAUACAAUCUUCGUUGUACCUAAAACCGAUUUGGUUGAGAUUCAAUCUUUUGAGAAAGAAGAUUAAUUGGAGAUUGUUGGUUUAGGAUAGCGUGGAUGUUGUAAUGGAGACCAAGGGUGGCAAAAAGAAGUCCAGUAGUAGUAGUAGUAAUUCUUUACAAUACGAAGUUCCUCUUGGUUACAGCAUUGAAGACAUUCGUCCAAACGGUGGCAUCGAAAAGUUCCGAUCUGCUGCUUACUCCAACUGCGUUAGAAAGCCAUCCUGAUACAGCCCGAGCUGAAUGGCACCCUCAGUCUUAGAGUAGGAAUUUUUUCGGCCUCUUCUUUUUCUUUCUAUUUAGUAUUUUUUUUCUUUCUCUCAAAUUGAAAAGCAAUUGCUAAGAAUCAAAGACGGAAACAUCAAUUGAGCAAUUCAAAAUCGAAGAAAACAAUUUCCAGUGGCAUUGUUAGCAUUGAGCUUUGUUGUAAUGAAACUCGACAUGGAUUCCCCACCACCUCCUUCACCAGUGGGCUUCGAAGGCUUCGAAAAACGCCUGGAAAUCACUUUCUUCGAUCUACCCAUCUUCAAUGACCCAAAUGGGCUGGGCCUUCGAGCCUUAUCUAAAGCCCAACUCGACUCCAUCCUCGAACCAGCUUGCUGCGCCAUUGUUUCUCAGCUCUCAAAUUCCAAAUUCGACUCUUACGUUCUCUCAGAGUCAAGCCUCUUCAUUUACCCAAACAAAAUCAUCCUCAAAACAUGUGGAACCACGAAGCUUCUCUUAUCAAUUCCCCCAAUUCUCGAGCUCAGUAACUCGCUCUCACUCACCGUAUCUCGAGUCGACUACUCACGGGGCACCUUCAUUUUCCCUCAUCACCAACCUGCCCCUCACCGUAACUUCUCUGACGAAGUUACUGCGUUAAACGAACAUUUCAAUGAUUUUAUCACCGAGGCUUAUAUAAUCGGCGAUCCGAAGUUUCCAACUUGUAGCUGGCACGUUUACUCGGCUGUAGCAAAAUGUUCACCACCGUUGAUGGAAGAUUGGAGGGGACAGAUCACUCUGGAAAUGUGCAUGACGGGGUUGGACAGAGAAAAGGCAGGAGUCUUUUACAAAAAGUCGGGGAAUGGGAAUUGUUCGGCUCGUCAAAUGACAAAAACGUCCGGGAUUGCUGACAUCAUCUCGAGUCACGUGAUAUGCGACUUCGAGUUUGACCCGUGUGGGUAUUCGAUGAAUGGGAUCGAAGGGUUUGCUUACUCAACGGUACACGUGACACCAGAAGAUGGCUUCAGUUACGCUAGCUACGAAGCCAUGGGACUCGACACCGACUCUGUCAAGCUGGAACCUCUUGUCAAGAGGGUGCUGAAAUGUUUUUGUCCGAACGAGUUUUCUGUUGCGGUCACGUGCCGUGGUGGGGCCUGUUUAUGGGCCAUGGAAGGUGCUAACGUGGAAGGGUUCACGUGUCAGUAUAUGGUGCAGCAGGAGCUGCCAGGUGGUGGGUCUGUGGUUUACAGGACUUAUUCCUCCGAGGGCGAGAGGUGCACGGUGUGCAUACCGGCUAAAUUGACCAUGCAGCAGCACUGCUGAAGGAGACAGUGGAGGAAGAGGAGGAGUGGCUGGCGCGGUGGUUUGUCCGUGUAUUUCGUCAGCCUGAGAUGAGAAAAAGCCAUUUAGAGUUGUCAGUUUUGGUAGCCUGUCAGUCAGUCACAGGCUGUCGUGUUAUUUUUAGCUUCGAGUUAAUAAACAUUAUGGGUGUCAAGUCUUGGCUCUUGGGUACCGUUUGGUAGGUCGAGAGUCUUUUAAAAUGUUUUUGGGAAAUAAACAGGGUUUGGCAUAAUCUUUGUUUGGGGUCCCCUAGGUGAUAGGUGAUAGCUGUUGUCAGUGUCAUUUCCAUGCUUUCUAACCAGUAGAGUCGAAUUAUAUAAUUGAUUGUAUGACAUGACCUGACUUGGAACAGUAUUACACAUUUGAUUUGUCAUUCCUUUAUCUUAUUGGAGAACAAAAUUUAUUGUUGGCUCCUGUUUCUUGAAACGUUGUGGAUUUGAAUCCAUGGCAGUGAUCAGAGUCAAUGCAAUCAUUUUCUGUUGAAUUUGGAAUUAAUGUAAUCAGGAAUCAUGAAUCAGAGAAAAAUGUGUUGUAACAGUGCAAAUUGCAAAAUUUCCAUUUUUCAUGUUCAUUCUCGAUCUAGAAUUGUUCGCGUUUUU